AUGACUGCGCUUCCGAGACACAGUGACAAGUGUGUUUUCUCUCGGCGUUUCUCGGCGAAAAUACGACGCCGCAGACAAGAUCCCGAGCUUUCAGCAAGAUGUUUGUUGAGCAGAGACUUUGUCCUUUUUCCCGAGACCCGACGCGAGCUCGUAGCGAGCAACAAUGUCGCGCAGCGAGCACAAAAGUGUACGGUGCGUCUGGGGCUCGCUCCGGCUUGCAGCGCAUUUGGGGCGAUUUGGCGUGUAAAAACUAGACAAAAAGCGGCACUGGGCUUGUCAAGCCCCGAAGGAGCUCUUCCUGUAAACCCAGAGCGUCACAGAGCUCUGUUUCUGCUUUCAGGGGAACUUAUGAGUCUUGUUUUACAUUUUUAUUUCAUCUAUAUUUCGGCUGCCGGCGGAUACGACGUGGAGAAGAACAACUCUCGCGUCAAGCUCGCCGUCAAGGGCCUCGUUACUAAAGGCACUCUGGUGCAGACCAAAGGGACCGGCGCGUCUGGAUCUUUCAAGCUGAACAAGAAGCAGACCGAAGUUAAGAAACCCGCAAAAAAAGCCGCGACAAAGGCGGCCGCCAAAAAGCCCGCCACGGCUAAGAAGCCCAAGAAAGUAGCGGCCAAGAAACCCGCAGCCAAGAAGUCUCCCAAGAAGACGAAGAAGCCCGUCGCUGCCGCCAAGAAAGCCACCAAAAGCCCCAAGAAGGCAAAAAAGCCGGCGACCCCCAAGAAGGCAGCCAAGAGCCCUAAGAAGGCCAAAAAGUCGGCGACCCCCAAGAAGGUAAAGGCUGUAAAGCCCAAGACCUCAAAGCCAAAAGCGGCGAAGGCCAAAAAGGCUCCCAAGAAGAAGUAAACGUGUUUCUUAUGUUUUUUAACCCUCAAACGGCUCUUUUAAGAGCCACCCAUAU